AUGAGUGCGAGCGCGUCGUCUUGUGCGUCUUCAAGCGGUAGGCCUUGGGGUCCUCCCUCGCCUGGGGGACACGAUGGCCAGAGCACCUCGCCAGAUGGAAGCAAGGAAUCGAACGAGCCAUGGGGCUCCAUGGACUGUGAUACGUGCGUGCAGGCGAACAGCACACGGAUCAACUACGACGGCACCUGGUUAGUUGACGACAAAGAUCCCUCGGUCCUGCCGGUCAGCACUGCGGACAGGCCCGGCGCCAGCUUGUCUUUUUCUUUCAACGGCAGCGGUAUCAUCGUCUUCGGCGCCGCGCCCGAUGCGAGCGACAGUACCUCGCCCCCUGCAGAGGCCUCCUACGUCCUCGAUGAAUGCACGCCCCUCCUUUCCCGCGAGCCCCUCGACGGCUCAACCGACAACACUCUCCUCCCCCUCUUCGCCACCCGCGACCUCGCGAAGGACACUCCCCACAGCCUGGUGAUCACCAUCGAGAACGCCUCCUCCCCCUACGUCUUCGCCGGCUUCAGCAUCGCGCCAGACGACGAUGAGCCCGGCGACGGCCCCCCUCCACCCCCCUUCUCCGGCUCGUGGCCGCCGCCGCCGUCUAACACCGCCGCGCCUUCCACUUCCCCUCUGAAUCCAUCCGUCUCACCCGACAAUCUCCCGGCGACCGACGCCCAGCACCAAGGGCCGGACCGCACGCUCGUUAUCGCGCUCACUAGCGUGCUUGCUGGCGUGCUGUUCAUCCUGAGCGUUGGUUGUGCGGUCUUCCUGUAUCGGGGCUGGCGUCGGCGGCAGCGUAAGGAUCGGGACAUGUCCGAACGAUCCAUACUGACUACGACCGACGGGUCCAUCAUGAGGAACCUGCCCAGUCUGACUUGGUACUCCGCAUCUACCUCCGCAAGCCGCGAGAACAUGCAGGGUAUCACUGAGCAGCUGGAACAUGGGCGUCCGCCGAGCAUGCACGAGCCGACGGACACGUCGGUCUCGCAGGCAUAUAGGUCUUCGUCGCGAGACUACAGGUCGUCUUCGCGAGCAGACGGGUCGUCCUCGCCUGGAAUGUAUACCUCACGUUCUUCCGAGUGUAGCGGCAGUGUCGAAAGUAUAAGAAGACCAUCUUCCUGA